CUUCCAUCCACAUCCUAAGUCCACGCCUCACAAGUAUCAUAUCGACUGUUUCCUGCAUCUCUCUGCACAUUCUUUCAUCUGCUUCUUUCUGUCUGCUUUCUCUCUGUCCCACAGUUGUCAUUUCUUUUGUCGCAGUCCCGAGUGUCUCUACGUGCACCUGCUCAGCUCGUCAUGAGCUCGCAGCGUUAUCAAAGGGUUAAUGCCCAUGACGAGGACGACGAGGUUGAUUCCCAUUCGUCGAUUCCUUUGCAAAACGCCCCUUCGCCCUCGUCUCCGCCGCCCUCGUUCCACUCUCGUUCCUCUUCCUUCUCAUCAAGAAGACUUCUCCAGAAUGACCCCCAUCGAAGCGAUGCAGACCAGACUCUUGCCGACGCCUUUGGUGACGCCAGCGAUUCCGAGGGUGAUGACGAACCCGAUGACCGACAGCGACUGAUGCGGGCCCAUCCGGAGCAGCCAGCGGGCAGUGGCGGAGAGGGGGCCCCUUCAUCUGCUGCCAGCAACGAACAACCAUCACAGAGAAACCCGUCGAGCUCGACGCUUCAGAGACGACCAACAAUACUGCCCAGUUUCAGCACACCCUCGUCAGGCGCAGGUCGCGUGAUCAGUUCGUCAAAUGACGGAGUCUUUGCCAACCUGGCGGCCAAGCCAGAACGGGGAGAGAAGAACGAGGAUCUGCCUCCGUCCUACGAAGAAGCAGCUGCAGACGCCACCCCUCCGUACUGGGAGACUACCAUCUUGGCUCCCGGCAUCUCGUCUGAUGAGGUUUAUGUGGAUGGACUGCCGGUCGGCUCGAUCUUCUCCUUCGUUUGGAACGCCAUGAUCUCGAUGUCCUUCCAACUGGUCGGCUUCCUCCUGACCUACCUCCUUCACACCACACACGCCGCGAAAAACGGCAGCAGAGCUGGUCUCGGCCUUACGUUAGUGCAGUACGGUUUCUACAUGAAAGGGGGGAGUGAUGGGGGAUCUGACGGUGGUGCGGACUAUGUUCCUCCUCCGGAUCCCAACAGCCACAGCUUUGAUCCAACUUCAGUGUCUGACGGUUCCGGUGGCAACGGCGGAAGCGGUGCGAUAUCCGACAUCACAACGAGCGAGUGGAUUUCGUAUGUCUUGAUGAUUGUCGGUUGGUUCAUUCUGAUACGCGCCAUCAGCGACUUCUUACGGGCCCGGCGGCAUGAGCAACUGGUACUACAAAGCCCCGAGCGUGGUCUCAGCGUUCCGGUCAUCGCGGAAGGCGAACGGUCCGAGACGGUUGUAUAGGACAGCAUCCAAUCGAGACAGGUCAUUCCAUCUCGAAUAGGUACAGAACAGCGGAUCAUUCAGCGGACGGAUUGGAGUUCAUAUAUCUGAUAUCCUUGGUUUAUCUGGUCGGGCAAUGGGACUUGGGCCUUCUCUCCUUCAUUUUUAAUCACGUCUCAUUCAGUAAUUAUGAAUUCAGCAACGGG